UGAUCGUCCCAUGAUGUCACUGAAUGAGAGAGGGAGAGAGAGAGGGGUGGAGCGAGCUGCAGGCAGGCUGAAGCCUCUCUGAGCUCGUCUCUUUGUCUGAGCAGAGCCAACAUGACGGAGCCUCCGAGUCCCAGCGUGGAGCUCCAGAGUCUGCAGCCGGGCCAAGGCGCGGAGUCUGCAGACAGCGGCAUUGGGGACGUGGACGACCUGCCGGUUCCUCAGCAGAUCCGGAUCACCAACAUCACCUGCGAUUCAUUCAAGAUCAGCUGGGACAUGGACAGCAGGGGCCGAGACAGGAUCACACACUACUUCAUCGACCUCAACAAGAAGGAGAACAUGAGCUCCAACAAGUUCAAACACAAGGAUGUGCCCACCAAGCUGGUGGCCAAAGCAGUUCCCCUGCCGAUGACAGUGAGGGGCCACUGGUUCCUGAGUCCUCGCACAGAGUACACCGUGGCCGUUCAGACGGCUGCCAAACAGCCAGACGGAGAAUACGCCGUUUCUCGGUGGAGCGAGAUCAUUGAGUUCUGCACUGCAGAUUACUCCUCCAUCCACCUGAACCAGCUGCUGCAGAAAGCAGAGGCGAUCGCUGGCAGGAUGCUGCCGUUCACCGUCUUCUACAGAAACCAGCAGAGGGAGUUCUUCCAACAAGACAGAGAUGCUCAGUCCUGCUUCUUGCUGCCGACGGUGAAAGACAACAGCGGCAGCCACGGGUCCCCCAUCAGCGGCAAACUGGAGGGGAUCUUCUUCAGCUGCAACACAGAGUUCAACACAGGAAAACCUCCCCAGGACUCCCCCUACGGGCCGUAUCGCUUCCAGAUCCGAGCAGAUGUCCUCUUCAACAAGACCACCAACAUGUACUUUGGGGAUUUCUACUGCAUGUACACGUCGUACCACUACGUGAUCCUGGUCCUCGCUCCCGACGGCUCCAAAGGAGACGCUUUCUGCAAAGGGAGGCUGCCAGCCCUGGACAGGUCCGGCAACCGCUUCUUGACCCGCACCGAGGAGGAGGACGGCUCGUUGUCUUUCCGUCACGCUCAGGAUGUCAACCUGGAGGUGAUGUACACGGAGCCGGUGGAUCUGAGGCUGGGAGCGGUGUCACAGAUCAGCGGGCACCAGCUAAUGAGCCUGUCCACCGCGAAUGCCAAGAAAGACCCCAGCUGCAAGGUCUGCAACAUCAGCGUAGGACGUUAGCGACUCUUCAGACUGAAAAUAACCAGCUCGUUUGCAUAGCAGCUAGCAGCUAAGCUACUAACUGAAUUGACCAGCCACGCUCUGGCUCAUUACUGUGCAUCGUGCAUCGCCUGUGUCAGCGGCACACUACGAGCAACAUUUGCUGUUUAUUGUGACAGUGCCCUCUAGUGGCCAUAUCAUUAUGACGGAAGCAAAACAGAGGCAGGUGAAGAGGCUUCAGAGCCAGACGUUGAGAGGAGAGAUGAGCUCAGGGUGGAUGGAUGGGUGGAGAGGAGGAGCGAGCUGUUUGUUUUUUUAGCUGCAGGUUUAGAAUCGUAAUCAAAAUGGAAACGAUAUCAGAGCAUUAACAAAAUACUUGUUUUAACUCAAACCUAAUGGAGUUGGCGUUCCUCACUGCAUGGAUGACUGCACUUUUUACAGUCGGCUAAAACAGAGACUCUUAUGUGGCUGAAAUCAGAUGCAUCCUCAGUCAUGUUUCCUCUCCUUCUUUAUGUCCUCAUCACCUUCACGCGUUUUCUGUCCACCGUCUCUGACAGGAAGCUGCAGGCAGGAAGCUCUCAGCACUUUUAUCAUGUGACUGAUGGCUGAAGUGGACUUUACAGAUUAACUGCUUCAGAGGUUUAAUAGUUUUGUAAUCCGAUGAAGCUCUUUCCUGCAAUUAAUUCAUUUUUUAACUGAAUGCUUUAGAUUCCUGUUUUCCUCGUUUGUAGACCCCCAACAUCACCAACCUUAAUCUACUAAUUAAAAAUAUUGGAACUACA